AUGGAAACAUUAACUCGGAUCUCCUCAACUUUCGAAAACGUUAGAUCGAAUAUAAAGUGUAAGAACUCAUCUGAGCGUCUCCAAAAUUUGAAGAAAGAUAUCCAAACCCUUACCAAUGAAUUGGUGGUCCUAGGUAAGGAGAAUCAUGACCAAUAUAUAAGGUCUUUGGCCAUGGAAGGCUACCUUGCCCUCCUCUCUGCUAAAACGAUGCCUUUAUCCCUUAUCGAGAAAAAAAACAUGCUCCAAACGUCCUUUGAAAAAUUGAAACAGUUCGCACUCAGAGAAGAAUGUCUGUUCAUAAUGUUGAGAAUACAGAAUCUUCUAUGCUAUUAUAUGAUACAGUUAGACCAGGUGGCCAAUGCUCGCGAAAUCCUUGAGAGUAUGGAGGAUCUCUACGACCAGAUCAGUAAAGCUCAGCCAGAUAAGUUUCUUGAUGCUGAAGACCUAUUUACAGUUGAGUUAGUAAGUAACAUCAAACGUGUGAAUCCGGAGAAAAUAGACAAAGUCAUCACUAAUAACGUCCAAAUGCAAGCAUUUCUGUACAAUAAAAUGAACCUGCCGCAGAAAUACACCCUGUAUAACCACACGGCUCUUCGUAGGCAAUUAGAAAUGAAGGAAGGCACUCCACAAGACUGGGCCUUGCGGACGGCGCGGCUGGGAAAUUAUUUCACCUAUCUGAACCAAAUUGGCAAUGCCCGCCAUCAUCUCUGCGCUGCUUACCACGUAUUGAGGACAUGUCACGAUAACUGUAAACUUAUGCCUGAAGAAUUCGUGUUGCAGAAAGCAGAUUUUGAAAUUCACUUCUUGGAAUUGAGCCAUCACUGGGUCAAAUACGGACUGACACUCUUCAAAAUGUCCAAAAAGAAAAUUUUAAACAAAUAUUUUACUCAACCUUCAACGGGAGCAGAUCUCUGGAAAACGGUGGACUUGCUAGAAGAUGGGCUGGACAACUCAGAGAAGCUCGAUGAGGAAAAUGUUAAAGAUCUGGGUGCUGAAAAGUCUGGAAAGGGUGAUUGCACUCCUGAGAAACUGUUCACCUUCCCGUCUCUGGAUUUGAAAGAGAUAGAAGGUAAAGUUCCACUAGAAAGCGUUUGCAGCGUUGAAGAUGCGAGAAAGUUAUUUGCCUUCACUUAUAAGUGGUUGAUGAGAGCUAAGCAUUACUACGACUUUGAGCAUCAUUCAGCUCAGUACAUAUCCUGCUCCUUGCAACUGGCAGAACUGUACGAGCACUUGGCUUUCUUCGAACGUAAUAUUGACAACCAGUACAGUAUUCAGAAGAGACGUGCAAAUGUUCUGGAGACGCUUAAUUCUUUGUUGAAAACUUGUGACAACGUUAUGUCGGUCCAGAUUGACGUGAUCAGGGAGCUGUCCCAGGUGCAGCUGGAGCUGAUGGCGCUCAACUUGCAGAAGUUGUGGCGCGAAGAGUCUCAUACCAAUAUAUUUAAUAUGGACACUGAUGCGGAUUCUAUUAUUAACUCUCUGGAUUCUGAAUCCAACAAGACUCUGACGGAGAAAACUUUGAACACGUCUAGUAAGAACAUGUUUUUAAGGAAAAUGGAAGCUGCCACUUCGAUCAACGGGAAGCUGUUCCGACUGAGCGGGCAGCUGGUGGCACGCACUCCGUCGCAGCUCAGCUUCAGUACAGGAAUACUAAAAAACUAA